CCAAUUGAGAGGCUCUUUAGCCUCUGCUUCCUGUUUCAUUUUCUCUUCCCAGUACUGGCACCUGCCUCGGACUUCUGGGCUUUCACAUAUCAAGUUAGCCUUGCUGCUCCAUCAUGGCAAGCCUACAGCGGGUCAGCAAACUACUGGAGGAUGUGACCUGCCCCAUAUGCAUGAAAAUUCUACGGGAUCCUGUCACCAUUGACUGUGGGCACAACUUCUGCCUGCAAUGCAUCAAUCAGGUUGGGAAAACUGCAGAAAUCCUCCAUUGUCCGCUCUGCAAACUUCCUGUGAAUAUGGAUGCAUUCAGGCCCAAUAAGCUGUUGGCUAGUAUUGCAGAGAAAAUCCAGGCUAUGGAUCCUGCUGAGUUCCAACCAGAAGAAGAGCCAAGAUGUCAGAAGCACAAUGAACAGAUACAUUACUUCUGUGAGGAUGAUUCAGAGUUUCUAUGUGUGAAGUGUCGUGUCCCCAAGGACGAAAUAUCCUACAAAGUUACCUCGAUACAUGAGGCUGCCCAGAACUACAAGGUGCAGAUUGAGACACAGCUCCAGGAUUUGGGGCAAAAGGACAAGGAAAUCAUUAAAGAGAAAAGGGAAGGUGAAGGAGCAAUCCAGGUGUUCAGGGCCCAGGUACAUCUAGAGAGACUAAAGAUCCUUGAGGAAUUUAAACAUGUGCGCCAGAGACUGGAAGAGGAAGAGAGAUUCCUCCUGUCCAGGCUGAGCUGGCUGGAGCAGGAGGGAGUCAAGCAGAUAGAAGAGUAUGUCACUGUCACAGAGGAACAGCUGACCACCCUCAGAAACCACAUGGAAUCCCUGAAAAAUAGGCUACAAGCGCCAUCCAUGAAACUACUGGAGGACAUCAAAAACACCUUGGGCAGGGGUGAAGAAUUUGAGUUUCACAACCCAACCCCAGUUCCUUUGAACCUGAUGAAAAAAAUCAGUGAAGUAAAAGCAAGACACGAGUCCAUCAUAGAAAGCCUGAAGGAAUUAACAGACAACCUGAACACUGAAGGGAAGGAAGAUAAAAGCACAUUCCUGAACAGCCUGGAUGAAAAGGACAAGGAGAACUGGCACCUGUUACAGAAGAAUAACUCAGAGUUGCCCACCUCAGAACCUAUGACCCUGGACUCGACCUCAGCUGACCCAAACCUCACCUUUUCUAAGGAUCUAAAGAAAGCAAGCUUGUACCUCGUCGACAACACAAAGAAUACUGAGGCAAAACAUAGACAACUCUCUUCUUUCCACUGUGUGAGGGGCUCUCAAGUCCUCUCUUCAGGCUGUGGGGUGUGGGAGGUGGAAAUCCAGGGACCCCAUGAUAGGGUUGGCAUAGUGGGUGUGGUUGCUGAGUUGCCUCAGGGGUCCCAGAUUCAGAACUCUGAGCCAUGCUGCUUGUGGGCACUGAGAGUCUCGUCCUCUGACUGUCAGCCAAUCACCAACUGCAGUAACCAGGAGAAUCUCUCAAUCUGUCUUAAGAAAGUGGGCGUCUAUGUGGAUUAUGACCGUGGAGAUGUCGUCUUCUAUGAUGCCACCACUAACAAACAUGUGUACACCUUCCAAACUUCCUUUGACAGACCGGUAUUCCCUUAUUUUGGGCUUGAAACUGCCCGCAGCUCUAUCAUCCUGGGCCUCUAGGGAUGUUGCCCUGUGGGUCCCUCAGUCUCUUCCCCACCCAUCCAUCAUGACUGACUAAGAUACAAGUGGCAGGAAUGAAGCUUGGCCCUGCUUGGGCACACUACACAUCCCACAUACCUAAUACAACCUAUACACUCCAAAUACACUACACACCUUUCAUACACUACACACCCCACACACCCUACAAACCUACACACUAUACACCUACACUCAACCACAUUGCAAUCCUACAAACCCUACAUAUCCCACACAUCCUACAGACACUACACCCACCACACACUCUAUACACUUUACACACCCUACAAACACUACAUAUCCCAAACACCCUACCCACUACACAUCCUACAGACACUACACACACUACACACCCUACACACACUACACAACCUACACACCACAAUACCCUACAUACCUCACACCUCCUACACACCCUACACAUACUUCUUUCCUGAGCAAAGUAGACAGUAGAAUUUCCAAAUACUAACCACUAGGUUUUUCGUUGCUGAACUUCAUAAAAGGACACAAUUGGAAGUGGCCAAACUUCAGCAACAGUCCAUUGGGAAAUAUCUGGCCACUCCCUGCUUGAGAUGCAAGUCCAAGACGCUGCCCAGCACCCUGCCUGCCCCUCUCUGUACUUCACUCCUUGCAGUUCCUAUGACUCUGAACUUGAGCACCUGACUCUGGCCCUUUCCUGAUGUCUGAAAACCAGAGGCUACAUGCAGAAUCAGCCAGGCCUGUGCCAGUUUGUAGACAGGACAGUCCUCAAUCAGGGCUGUAACCUUUUGACAAUUUAAAGCAACAUUGUCACCCUCAACAACUCUGCCUUCAACUUAAAAGUAAAAUUGUAAACCACUCUUCAUGUUGAUUUAAUUUCUAAUUUGUGUUAUGCCACAUCCAUAGCUAUCCUUGGCCUCCAUUGACCCUCCAACCUCAGGCAGGUUACUACUGGAAUAGAUUGAUUGUCAAGGGGGUGUAGU